AUGUCAGAGGACUACAAGUGCAAUAAUCAAUCCACCUUCAUGGUGGAGCAGAUGGUCCUCAUAGAUAUUCGAAAGUUGCUACAAUCAAUGCAGAAGGAUAUAAAGUCAUACCCACUUCCAGAUAUCGAUGACACAUAUGACGCCUCCCAUGAUAUUCCUAGAGAGAUUUUUGAGGAGGCUAGCAUUGAGGCUAACAAGGAUGAUGUGGCUCUGUUAGACACCCUUAAUGAGGAGCAGUGGGCUACCUACGAUGAGAUUAUGUCCUCAGUUGAUACUAAACAUGGGGGUCUCUUCUUUGUGGAUGGUCCUGGUGGGACCGGAAAGACUUAUCUCUAUAAAGCACUUCUUGCUACUAUACGCAGUCAGAAAAAGAUUGUCGUGGCAACAACUACAUCUGGUGUUGCGGCAUCAAUAAUGCCUGGUGGUAGAACCGCCCACUCGCGCUUCAAGGUUCCCCUCACCCUCGAUGAUGGGGCCUUCUGUAGCUUUACGAAACAGAGUGGUACUGCCAAGCUACUUCGGACUGCAUCCCUUAUUAUUUGGGACGAGGUGACAAUGAUGAAGAGGCAAGGUGUCGAAGCACUAGACAUCAGUCUCCGUGAUAUAAUGGACCAACCUGAGCUGCCAUUUGGAGGGAAGACCAUAGUGUUUGGUGGAGAUUUUAGACAGGUUCUUCCUGUUGUUCGGAGAGGGUCGAUGGCUCAGGUGGUCAGUGCUUCGCUACGGAUGUCAUACCUUUGGGAUUGCAUGCGCCAUCUCAAACUGGUGCAUAACAUGAGGGCAAACAGUGACCCAUGGUUUGCAAAAUACUUGCUGCGCAUUGGUGGAGGUUCUGAGGAGCGAAUGGCGAUGAUGAAAUCUGUCUUCCUCAUGAUAUAUGCAUACUGCACAUCGGAGAAGAUAGUGACCUUGAUAUUCUAA